AUGAGCUUCCGGCCCCCGACAAUGUCCGAAGACUUUUCCGUUGACCUUGUUGUCAAAUACAACCGAGACCUGACCGAUCAGAUCAACAACUUAAUCGAGCCUGGGGAUGAGCAGAUCAAACAGAUAUUGGCUAACAUAUGUCACAACAUGGUGCGUUUUGCUGGUUAUCAGGGGCUAAAUAACCCUCUGGAGACUAUGAAACUUGGUGUUUGGUCGAGUUUUUUUACUCCUAUCAAGACUUUGAUGAACGUGCCGCAUCCGCAAAGGAACUUCGUCACUGCCCGCAUGGUCCUUUAUCUCGGAUCUUUGAUCCACCAAACGUUCGAUGACCAAGUGUAUCCCCACAAAAACAAGGCAAAAGGGGAGGAUAACGCUCUUUCCAACUUCUGCAUCAAUCUGGAUGAUGCACUGCUUAAACCUUUGAAGAAUAUAUGGAAAGACAGUAAAAACUCCGAAGAUUUCAAGUGGGCCUUUGCCGGUGACGAUAUUGUUUUGGAACCUUGCCAUACGGUCAUCAGUGCUCAUGAGCUCGAAGUCGCACUAGCUCUCUCACCCUCCGAGAGGUCCCGAUUGUCCGAAAAGCAUGGUGAAAGAUUCUAUUAUCAGGAGGAUGCCAUGGCCGAGCCUAAACUGUUCAAGGAUCCUAUGCCAAGAUGGGAUUGUGGCCAAUACAAUGCUGACCUCUUAUGGACUUCUGAUGGUUCUGACGGACCAAUUCGACUAGAAUUCUGGUAUGACAAGUCAGAAGAUCAUGACACGGUCUGGGAUAAGCAUAUCCCCUUGUUUCGCCGAUCCAAACAAUUUUGUCUCGAUGCACGUCAAAUUUGCGAGGAUGAGUUGGGUAAACAAGUGCGUAUCCAACUCAACGAAAUCAUGAAACAACACAAGGUGCCCCGGGAGCCUAUGGACCUUUUCCAUGUCCAAAAGGCCUUCGUUGUGCGAGCUGCCGGGACUUGUCAGGGUGGUCAUCGCUGA